UAAAUAGUCAUCAUGGCAUGUUUGCUAUUCAGGGGAGGAUAAAGUAGCAAGUGUAGCGUGGGUGUAAGUGCAGUCUAAAGAAUAACCAGAGUUUACAGUCUUCAGCGUUACCUGGUUGAAUGCUGGAUUUUAAUACACCCCUCCCGUCUUUAUUUCUUUACUGAAAACAUCAGGAGAAGAGAGGAAUCCCGCCGCACGUUUGGGGCCUGGACAGACGUUUGCUAGCGUACGUUAGCUAAAGCUGGCUAACGUGAACGCGCCUGUUCAGUUAACCUCGCGUUAGCAUUACAGCCUUCACAACCACCGAGGAGGCUAGCGUCACUAGCUGACAUCUGCUGUUAUUUCAACAGAUUUAGACUCCCCAGCUAGCUUUAACGCUGACCGUGGUGGAAGGAAAGUUCGGCUGGAUCUAAAAUGAUCAUUGAAAACCUCGAUGCCUUGAAAACAUGGCUGUCUGAUACUCUCGAGCCCAUCUGUGAUGCAGACCCCGCUGCCCUGGCCAAGUAUGUUGUUGCUUUGGUGAAGAAGGACAAGAGUGAAAAAGAACUUAAAGCCCUUUGUAUAGACCAGUUGGAUGUAUUUCUUCAGAAAGAGACCCAGCCAUUUGUGGAUAAGCUGUUUGAAGCAGUUAACAACAAAAGCUACCUCCCGCAGACAGAGCAGCAAAUCCCUGUGGUCAAAGUUGAGAAAGAGGAACCGAAAAAAGAUGAGGCUCCUCGGGAAGAAGAAAGAGAAAAAAAGUUUUCUCGGAGACUGAACCACAGCCCUCCACUGCAAAGCUCUCGCUACAGCAGAGAUAGCAGAAGAGGUGAGGAUCGCAAGAGAGACGAUCGCUCCAGGAAGAGGGAUUAUGACCGCAUCCCACCAAGGAGGGACUCGUACCGUGACCGCUACAAUCGUAGAAGAGGACGCAGCCGGAGUUACAGUCGCAGCCGAAGCCGCAGCCGGAGUUGGAGCAAGGAUCGCAUCCGAGACCGUGACAGAGAGAGGGAUCGAGACAGGGAGAGAGACAGGGAUCGUGAUCGCAGCAGGAGCAGGUCACACAGCAGAACUCGGUCUAGAAGCAGGAGCAGAGAACGAGAUUCGGGGAAAUUGAAGUAUGAUCAUGAUCGAUUGGACAGGCCAGAGAGCGGUGAAAGCUACACCCCUGCAGUCCUGGCCUCAACUGCUACCACUUCCCACUUCCCUGUGCCAACAUUAAGCAGCACCAUCACAGUCAUUGCCCCCACACAUCAUCACAGUAACAACACUACUGAGAGCUGGUCAGACUUCCAUCCUGAUCACCCUGUGGACCGUGGUCCUUUCAGCAGAGGGCCACCACCCCAACUGAGGAAGCGCUGUCGUGACUAUGAUGAAAAGGGCUUCUGUAUGAGAGGGGACAUGUGUCCUUUCGACCACGGUAGUGACCCAGUUGUAGUAGAGGAUGUCAACUUGCCCAGUAUGCUGCCCUUCCAGCCUCCACCCAUCCCUGGUGUUGAUGCACCUCCACCCCCGGGCCUCCCACCACCUCCUCCUCUCAUGAACCCCCCACCUGUAAAUCUGCGGCCUCCUGUGCCUCCACCAGGUGCCCUACCACCCAGUCUUCCUCCUGUUGCAGGUCUCCCUCCUUCACUUCCUCCUCUGCAACCAUCAGGCAUGGAUGCUCCUCCAAACUCUAUCACCAGCUCUGUUCCCACCAUCGUCACCUCUGGGAUCCGCUCCACACUCCCCCAGGCUGCAGUACCUCUCUUCACCACCAACAAUUAUGAGUCAGAUGUGUACAACCCUGAGGCUCCCAGCAUCACUAACACCUCCAGGCCAGUCUACCGCCACAGGGUUAAUGCCCAGAGACCCAACCUGAUCGGCCUCACAAUGGGGGAUGUGGACCAGCCACAGAGAGAAAAAAUUCCCAACAACAGUAUGAGGAUUGUUAUGGAAUCAGACUCAAGAAAGAGACCACAUGUGCCCCAUGAUGGGGGCCUCUCCUCCAAGAAACCUUGGUUUGACAAGCCAAACUUUAACAAACCAAACCACCACGGCUACCACAAAAGAGUCCCGUUCUCUGCAAACACCAAGCUGCUGGUUCGGCAGAUUCCCUCAGAGCUAAACAACAUCAGCAAGCUCAAUGAGCAUUUUGGAAAAUUUGGUACUAUUGUCAACCUGCAGGUGGCCUACAGGAAUGAUCCAGAGGGAGCUCUGAUCCAGUUUGCCUCUUCAGACGAGGCAAAGCGCGCUAUGCAAAGCACAGAGGCUGUUCUCAACAACCGCUUCAUCCGAGUGCACUGGUUUCGUGAUGAUGGCACUGAUGGCCAGUCUCCAUCACAGCAGCAGACUCAGCCACAGCCAGCUAUGCAGCCCUCAGCCACGUCUCUGAAGCAGUCUGUUAAAGACCGCCUUGGACCGCUGCUCACUGCCAACUCUGAGCCCUCCCAGGAUUCCAGUGUAGCCUCUCAGAGUCCUUCCAAAGUAUCAGUUAAGGACCGCUUGGGUCUCCCAUCUGUCAAAACAGCUGCUCCUGUUGAAAAAGUGUUUUCGACAUCCAUGGGCCUCUCAAAGACGGUGUACAAUCCCGCUGCCCUGAAAGCUGUGCAGAAAAGCUCAGAGGAGGCUCUGAAGAAGAAACAGGAAGCUCUAAGACUACAACAGGAUGUGAGGAAGAAGAAACAGGAAAUACUGGAGAAGCACAUUGAAACACAGAAGCUCCUUAUAUCCAAAAUUGAGAAGAACAAAACGACGAAGGCAGAGGACAAAGCCAAGAUCAUGGAAACGCUGGGCACGUUGACCAAAAGCAUCACCAAACUGCAAGAGGAGAUAAAGGGAAUCUCAAGCAGUAGCAACCUGAUGCGCACAGCCAAGACAAAGGCCCAGGCCCAGAAGGAAUUGCUUGAUGCAGAGCUGGAUCUCUUACAGAAGACUCAGGCUGGAGAGGAUACUGCUUUGUUGAAGAUCAAAUACACCCAACUGCAAAUUGAGGCAGCUAAAAGAGGGCUGCUUUCACCAGGACGAGGCAGGGGCGCCCCCACUCGAGGCCGUGGUGCCCUUAGGGCCAGAGGAAGAGGCUCCAGAGGACGGGGAAGAGGUGUACCUCUGCAUGCAGUUGUGGACCAUCGACCACGGGCCCUGGAGAUCUCUGGUUUCACAGAUGCAGACUGUGUCAACCUGCUGCCACACUUUGCUCAAUUCGGGGAGAUUGAAGAUUGUCAGAUAGAUGACAACAGCCUGUCUGCUGUUAUCACAUACAGGACAAGAGCUGAAGCUGAACAGGCGGCUCUUCACGGAGUAAGGUUUAACAACCAGACUCUACGCUUGGCCUGGCAUAAGGCUGUCAAUACUCUCAGUGUUGUGGAUGUUGACGAUGCAGAGCCAGAUGAAGAUGAGUACCCUGAAGAGUCACUGAGUGACGACGCAUUACUGCAGGAUGACGAUGAGGAAGAAGACGACAAUGAGCCUCGCUCCUGGCGCAGAUGAAGACCGGUCAAAUGCUCAUCUCUGAAGUGGAAUAUAUUCAACAAUCCAGCAACUUUCUAAGAUUUCAAUGCCUGUUUAUUAAUAAACAAGGCACAUUUCACUAUGGCUAGACUUUUUUUUCCCUACAAAUGUGUUAUUGGCAGAACAACUAUGUGCAAGUUUGAUUCAUUUUAACAGUUUAACUGGUGAAUUUUUUUAAUGCUCUUAAUGUAGUAAUAGUCAGUUUUUUCUUUUUUGACUAUUUUUGUUAUUUUGGUUCAUAAAGCAUAAAUAGUUUGACAGCGUAUCUCUUGCAGACACCAUUGUUGACCCUUCAGUUGAAGAAACCAGAAGCCUGUGUUGUAAUUUAACUGAAUGACAGACUGUAGCUUUUUGCAGAAUAGUAUUAGGUUGACUGGUUUAAAUGCUUAUGUGUAAAUAUUUUAUGUCUGGGUUUAAAUGAUUUGUAUGAAAGCUUGGCUUCACAGUUCUUGGCUUUAUUCUGGAUUGUAAAAAAAAAAAAAUAAAGAAUUGAAAUGGUCUAAAAAAAAAAAUCCUGCCAAAAACAAAAAAAGAAAAAACAAAAAGGAAAAAAAAACUAACCAAAAAAGAAGUGAUGUGGCAGUGAAAAAAAGAAAACAUCUUUAAAGAGCUGAAAAAGACCAUUUCAAAAAAACAAAAAACUUCAUUUUCACUAAAGAGCAAAAUUCCUACAAUAUUCCUAUUUUUUUUUUUUUUUUGUGGACCGGUAAGGUAGCCUGUACUGUUCUGUUUCAAUUUCAAGGUAAGUUUGUGAUUUCUAAGCAUUUCCAUGCAUAGCAGCAUCUUCUCUUAUUAACUACUACACCCAUACCCUUUACAUAUUUAUAAACAUCCAAACAGGGUGACUGAUAACAUUUUUUCUUAUUGUUACAGGAGUCGUCUGUCUGCAACGCUGUGUCCAACUCUACCUCCUCUAUGAAAUUUCCACAUUAUCCAUGUUGACCUAUGUAUACUUGUAAAUACUAUAAAACUAUUUAAUUGUACAGAAUCAAGUGCUUUUACAUUAAAAAAAAUAUAUUUUUA